AACAAACAGUUGCAAAGAUUUUUUUGGUCACAAAGUAGAGCAAGGAGACCAAACAACCGCAGUGGCAGUCUGAACUGUUGAAAUCUCCAGAAGAGAAGAUGGACAGUUCUUGGUAAUCAAAAUGCCCCCUGGUCUGGCUGAGCUGCUUUCUUCACAGAUUUUUACAAACCUGCUGACAUAAUGCCCAGAAACCUUCUGAAGAACCCCUGCGGUGAAGAGGGCCUGGAAUUUUGGAAGGUGACAGAAAAUGGAGGGGACGGAUGGAUGGUGGACGACAUGCCAGAGAACUGCGGUCAAGACUUCCCCUUUAAAAAUGUGAAGAAGUAUUUUGCAACCUCUUAUGAAUUGUGUUUGAAGAGGCAAGUGAUCGAUCUGUUGGCUGAAGGUUACUUGUCAGAUGAACUGGACGCUCAGCCAGUGGUCAAAGUGGAAGACUGGUAAUGCAGCAGAACGGACUGCGGCUGUGAGUACCAGUUGACCGUGUGCUUGCUAGAUGAAAACCGCAAGGUCAUACAGAAGUUCCAACCGGAGGAGUUGAUCAUUGACCCUAAUGAGGACGGGGGCUCCUGGAAGAGGAUUGAGCAUACAUUUCCUGCAUAUGGCUCUGGAAUGCGCUUUAUCUCCUUUGAACAUGGAGGUAAAGACACCAAGUGGUGGAAGGGUUGGUAUGGAGUUCGGGUGACUGAGAGCUCCGUUACCAUCAACCUGUGAAGUGGUACAAUCCGGAAAUACAGAAAAGAAAGAAUAGCGUCCGAGCUACAGCUGGGAGGCAGGAAAAGAAGAUUCGCCCUAAAACUGUGAUAACAACAGAAAAGUUGUUUAUCAUUUAAUAAAGAAGUACAUUUGACAAUAAAGAGCAAAGUAAAUAAA